UGAGUGAUUGUGCAAACAAAUAGAUGGCAAAUAUCAAUACUACUUUGUUUCUUAUUACUUUUCUUGUUGGCAUUGUUCUUUGCUCUUGUACUCGAGAUUUCAAAUUGGAUGACCAAAAACAAGGGAAAAUGUGGUGUGUGGCAAAAGUAUCUGCGACGAAUGCCCAAAUGCAAGCAUUCUUGGAUGCUAAUUGCGGAAAAUUGGAUUGUAGACAAAUCAAUCCAGGUGGUUCAUGUUUUGUGCCAAACACCUUAAGAAAUCACGCAUCGUAUGCUCUUGAUUUAUACUACAGAAUCAAUGGAGUGUGCAAUGCAGCUAUCGGUACUCCAGCAGUGACUGAUCCUUCUUAUGGGAAAUGCAAAUAUCCAUGAGUGCAAUGUAAUGUCGAGCACAAGAAAAGGGCUAGGAUUCUCAUAAAAAUAAUUAGUGAAAGUAUCUCAUGUAUUCGCUAGAAAUCAUCAUUGCCCAAUACUUUCUUGAUUAUCAACAAAUUAGUGCUAGAUAAACUGUUGUUUUGGUGUAAAGAUGUAGUAUGAGGCAAGAGAUGAAGAUUAAUAAAAUGAA